CAAAAUCAUAAUACCAAUCCAAUCUUCUAUGUAUCCCCGUCCGAAAAUCGAACUGAAAAAUCGCUCUGAAAUUCGAAAAUCCAAAUACUGAAAACUCGAAAUGAUUUAAAUGAAACUAAAAUAUUGCUGCCCACCAAAUCGACCGACAACCAGGAUUCAAACCGCCGCCGACAUGCGCUAUCUUCACGAUUUGAAUGUCCAAAUAUCGCAGAACCGUCGCUCCCACUCCGUUUCCAAGCAAAUGGACAGGGAUCUGUGCAACCAGCACUUCGACACCUUCGAAACGUUCUGGGGAAGACCAGGACACGGUGCCCGGGGCGAUAAGAUCAACAAACUGAAACUGGACAAUCUGCUGUACGGAGCCAGCGAGUCGGCCUAAGGUCAAGGAUACCUGGAUGGUCAAGGAUACCCGGGGAUAUUCCCCCCUCACCAAUGCACUGGCUCGUAGUUUGUGUGCUUCAAGACAUCUGCUCAGAAAUCAAUCGAUGCCAAGGUCCAAAAAGAAAUAAGAAAAUAUUACAAGCGUUGAUAUGGUUAUUUCGGGAAUGAAAUGAAAAACUGUUUUUUCAAAACGUUUAAUACUUGUAUUCCAGAAAUAUUAAUAUCAACCUUGUACCAUUUUCACUGUCUCUGCAUAAAUUUUGCCAACUUGCUUCUAGUAAGUUGACCAAAGUUUUAAAUAGGUCAUUUGUAAUAACAUAUUGGGAGAAUAAAUUAAUGUCAGUAAAAGCUAAAUCACUUUGCUAGCUAAAUUUAGUUAGUUUUAUAAAUACCAAAUAUUAAGUAAGAACGAUCUAAGAACCCCCUAAAUUUGUUUUAAUUUUAAAAUAUUUAAAACUAAUUUGGUUUCGAUUCCUAAAGCUAAAAUAUUAAUUCAAAAUUCAAGG